GCUUUCUCCGCCCGCUUUUUAUGGGGAUUUCCAUAUGGGGGGAUUUCCCUUCCGUGCCCCCCCUGAUUUCACGCCUCAACCCACGCAAUUUCUAACUCAUGCACUGUACUUCAUCAUUGUCGAUCUUCUUUUGCAAUCCCCGGAAUCAUUCUUCGGCCACUCAUCUUGCUCUAUAUAAGUCACCCUCCAUCUCCCUCCAUUGACGUACAAAACUCCUCACCGCUUUGGAAACAAGUUUCGCAGUGGGUAUAGAAAAUAGAGAGAAGAAAGAGGCGAGGACAAUGGCGGGACGUCCGUACACUCCCUUCUUGGUGCUCUCCCUUCUCCUCUUGAUCGCGCUCUCCAAUGUGGCUGAGGUUCACGGCAAGCUCCGGCCUUCAGAUUGCCCCAACAAAUGCAAGUUCCGGUGCUCGGCGACGUCGCACAAGAAGCCGUGCAUGUUCUUUUGCCAAAAGUGCUGCGCGAAAUGCCUGUGCGUGCCUCCUGGAACUUAUGGCAACAAACAAGUCUGCCCUUGCUACAACAACUGGAAGACCAAGGAAGGAGGCCCCAAAUGCCCCUGAAACUCGGUGCAGCCGAGUUUGUUUAGCUUUGUCGUGACGACUAGCUACUACACAGUCAAUAAUGCGCGAUUCUCAGUGCCUAAUUUGGGCCUUGAUCCACCAUAGUCGCGGCAAAUUCAAAUUAAUUAUAGGAUAUACGUAAGUUUGCUAGUUGAAUCUUUGGGUACUACUGUUCGGUGUGAAGAUCCCCCAGACACUUUUAUUGAAUAUGUUGGGGCUGCAUUUAGCCGGGAUAGGUUGGUGAUUUGAUGUGUAAUUCUGGAUUAAGCCAGUCUUUUCAGUUAACCCUGGAAUGAAGUUCUUUUCUUUUCCUGUUUGCAAUAA